AUGGCUUCAUGUUUCCAUCUCCUGGUUCUUUGCUGGAUGCAGACCUAUUGUGUAAAUUCACCUGCAUGGUUGCAGAAUAUUUCCACCAACAUAUUUUACCUUCCUGGGGACAUUAUGCUGGGCGGGCUGUUUUCUAUCAACCUCAGCCAAAGGACAGAGUCGAACAACAUCAGCUGUGAACGUUUGAAUCAUUUGGAACUGGGCCUCGCCCUGGUGAUGAAAUAUACAGUGGAUGAGAUCAACGCCAACCAAACGCUGCUCCCCGGCAUCAAGCUAGGAUAUGAAAUCCACGACACCUGCAGUCAAGCGGCCAGUAUCGUGAGGCCCACUCUCUCUUUCCUGACCGACAAAAACGGCAACGCGCUAUCUGUGCAGUGCAAUUACACCAACUACGAGACCAGCGUGGCAGCUGUGAUCGGACCCUACAACUCAGAAAUGGUGUUGAUCGUUGGGAAACUGCUGGGAUUUUUUCUGAUGCCACAGAUCAGCUUUGGUGCCACCAGCGACAAAUUGAGCGACAAGGACGUCUACCCGUCCUUUUUACGCACAGUGACCAGUGAUAAAUGGCAAGUGGGUGUCAUGGUCCGCCUGAUAGAGGAGUUUGGGUGGAACUGGGUGGCAGUGGUGGGCAGCGACGAAGCGUAUGGACAACAGGGCACACAGAAAUUCACCAAAUUAGCCGAAACCAAGUCUGUGUGCGUGGCCUACCACGGCCUGGUUCCUGUCUACUCGGACCCUGCAGCCACAGUCCGAAACAUCGUGGACAACAUCCAAGCCAACAAGGUCAAAGUGGUGGUGGUGUUUUCUCUCCCAGUGCCAGCUGCAGUCUUCUUUAAAGAGGUUAUUAAAAGGAACAUAACAGGAGUGUGGAUUGCCAGCUCCAGUUGGGUGGUUCAUAAUGAAGUAACUUCCCUCCCUGGUAUCCAAACCAUCGGUACGGUCAUUGGAUUUUUGGACAAAACACAGAGUCUGGAUCUUCUACCAGCCUAUGCGAGGGUGUUCUUCACCAAACUGAGCGAGCAGAAGAUAAAGCCUGUCAUGCCACAGCACAACGAUCCCUGUCCGCAAUGUUGGAACAUGACACCUGCAAACCUUAGCCUCAUUCUGGAUGCUGCAGUGCAGCGUACAUCUUUUGCUGUGUAUGCCGCCAUCUACAGUCUGGCACAGGCAUUGCACAGCAUGCUGGGAUGUAGUUCAAGCUCAUGCAACUGGGAUGCUGACACCAGAAUUUUUCCAUGGAAGCUUUUGCAGGUUUUACGGAACAUGUCUUUUGACAUUAACGGCACACAUUUAGUGUUUGACAGCAAUGGCAAUCCCAACAUAGGAUACACUGUGGUGCAGUGGGUUUGGAAGGAGUCUCAUUUGGAUUUUGUCGUUGUUGGAAGCCACUUCAAAGAACUGUCCCUAAACAAAUCUCUUUUCAAAUGGCACACUGAAGACUCCCAGAUCCCUGAAUCCACCUGUUCAGCAGCAUGCGGUAGCGGCCAGGUGCGAAGAGUCAAAGGCUUUCAUUCAUGCUGUUUCGAUUGCAUCGACUGUUUGCCCGGCACUUACCAGGCCGACGAGGAGGACAUCCAGUGUACCAGGUGUCCAGAAGGCCAGUGGUCCCAAACUAGAAGCACAAACUGCUCGAAACCCACCUUUGAGGUUUUGUCCUGGGACAGGCCUGCAGCGAUAACAGUGGCGUUGAUUGGGCUGCUGCUGUUGUCCUGUCAGGGCGCAGUGGCUGUCGUCUAUCUGAGGCACCGACAAACCCCCAUGGUGGCAGCGUCUGGUGGCCCCUGGAGCUUUGUGGUGCUUUUCAGCACGAUGGGAGCCUGUCUCAGCGUGGCACUGUUCCUGGGUCAGCCGGGGGACAUAGUGUGCCAGCUACAGCUGCCCCUCAUCUUCUCUUUUCAAAUGCUAGCCCUCUCCGUUAUUGCCUCCAUUUCCCUGCAGCUAUUCUUUCUAACAGAAUUCCAUGACAAGGUCGCUCCUUUCCUGAAAACACUGAAAGGACCUGCUUGCUGGCUGUUCCUGAUCAUCUGUUGGACCUUGCAGGCCGCUUUCUGCGGCUGGCACAUCAAAGAAGGCACCACAUUGUCAGAACAUAUGAAAAACAUGAAAAUCGACUUUUUGAGAGACUUCCUGUCAUGCACAGUCAGACAAAGUGUUGCAGUUUUUUUUAUGCAAAGCUUCAACUCUACAUUGGCCAUGGUGUCAUUCAUGUGCACCUUCCUGGCCGUGAAACCUCCUCAUCAGUACAACCUCGCCAGAGACAUCACUUUUUCUAUGUUAAACUAUAGCAUCAUCUGGGGGACCUUUAUUCCAAUCUACAUGGGUUUAAAAAGUGAAAAGGGAAAGCAUUUAGUUCUGAUUGCAUUUAAUCUGACGGCCAUUUUUGGACUAGUGGCAGGUUACUUUUUCCCAAAAUGUUACCUCCUGUUGAGAAAACCUGGGCUCAAUACCUCAAAAUAUUUCUCUAACUUCCUGGAGGGAGCACCAUUGACAUCGGCAAGGGAGGAUUCACAGUCACAGCCGAGCAAAUAAAAACCCUUGAUUUUUAAUUGUGGUUUGACUAACACUGGUGGUAAGGGGACUUCAUCUGCUGCAGUGGUUCUGAAGUAAUUUUUGUCAUGCCCCUCUAUAGAGUACAGAAUUUUUUUCAUGCCACACAAAUUUGCCCAGGAUUAGAGCGCAGUUACUUUGCCAACUUGCCCCAUUAAUGUACAUACAAACAUACAAGCCCUUAAUUGCCCCACUAUACAGAACAAUCUAUCUGGACCGGUCCAGGAGGUUUAUCAUAGUUACCAAGACAAGGCUUGGCAAGAAAUACAUAAACAUCCGUCCAUCAACCCAAUAGUUUAGUUAGUAUCCAGGGGGAAAACUCCUGGUACUCCCAAUGGCCAGUGGUAUAGUAGUAUUUGAAUAAAAAGGCAGAAAAAAAUUAAAAACUUUACAAAAGCCAAUGGGCUCCAAGCAUAACAACUUUUACGCCAACUCCAACACCCAUGAUUACAAGGUGCCUUACUGCAUAGACCAGGGGUGUUACACUCAUUUUAGCUCAGGGGCCACAUGGAGGAAAAUCUGUGCACAUAUAUAUACACUAAAAUCAUGGCAUUAAAACUCAAAAAUAAAAACAACUUCAGAUUGUUUUCUUUGUCUUACUCUGGCCAAAAAUAGAACAAACACAUUCUGAAAAUAUUACAAUAAAAAUAUAGAAAAAAAUACGGUAAAGUUUAGAUCCAUGAAGGGAAUAAUAAAGUGAAUGAAUGUUUAUAACUGAAUAAAUUUACAUAUGCAUAAAAAUGUGUUUUCUUUUGUAUUAUUUUUUUUAAAAUAAAUUAAGUAACGUUUAUGACAACCUUUUUCCAAAACACAAUAUAGAAUGUGAGCUAUAACAGGAUAAUGCAUACAUUUAUCAUUUGUUUUCAAAACGCUUAAAAAAAAAGUGGGACCCCAAAAAUUCACUGUGGGGCCCCAUUUUCAUGACUUGAUGGGGUCCCUGGGACCCCAUUUUGAAAAUUCCUAGCGCCAACACUGGUGUGUGCAAAACAGCAGCAGGCGGCUGUGGCCUGCGGGCCGGUUCCGAUACCAGUCAAAUAUCAUCCCGGGGCCAUAGAUAAUUCAUUCGGAUCCAGCCCGCGGGCCUUGACUUUGACACGUACUACAUAUACAAACAACCAUUCUCACCUAGGACAAUUGAGAGGCUCAAAUUAGACUAAAUUGCAUGUUUUUGGAACUUUGGAGGAAGCUGGAGUACCCAUAGAAAACCCAUACUAGCACAGUGGGACUGCAAAAUGUAAUACUUUUUUUUUUUUGUGAACUUACACCUGUGUGCCACAAAAACGCUGAACAUAAAACAAACUGUGUCACCA